AUGGAUACUAUUAAUCCUCCAAACAACCGCUAUCUCCUAAAACUAGGCGCGGUUGCCCUUAUCCUCGCAGCGACUCUUCCGUUCAUACAACAACCGGUCCUAACGGGGAGCGAUGCGGCGCCCAGUAUAGGUGUCGACAGUCGAGCUGUACCUCAUGGAAGGAAGUUGGUACUUGAGACUCGAGCGGACAGCCCAACCGAUGUAUGCACACGAUGGUCACACCAAUCUGCCGUGGUCAACGGAACACUUUACAUCUAUGGUGGACAAGCCACGACUGAGCCUGGGCAAACUCAGAACAAGUGGAACAACGACUUUUUGUCAAUGGACCUUACCAAGAGCUGGCAGAUCUCGAGCCCUUCCUUGACCGGCCUACCGCAACCAUCCGGCCCUCCCAACGUGUCAAACGGCUUCUUGUGGAACUCGCAUGAAUCUGUGUUCCUUUACGGUGGAGAGUUCUCAGACAAUCCAAUCGACACACCAACAGCCUUCUCGCUCUGGGAGUACAACGCCAUAACCUCACAGUGGUAUGAACACAACAACCCUACAACGUCGUCCGGCGAUCAUGCCCAGUCUGGCAACCAACAAGUACAGCGUGCAGCUGAAGGCGCCGGCGCCUCGGUGCCAUCAUUGGGUCGUGGCUUCUACUUUGGCGGACACGAAGAUACUCACACGACCGCAGGCUGGUCAAAUCAAGUCGCACGAAUCUACAUCAAAUCUUUGAUCGAGUUCACCUUCCCCGGAUAUCAAAACACUCAAGUAGCCUCUCUAUCGGACAACAAAGCUGCAGGCAGCGAUGGUGUUUGGCGUAAUGUCACCGAUGGAGGUGCUCAAGACAGUGCAGGAUUCCCAGAACGCGCCGAUGGUCUGCUUGUAUACAUACCUGGUUUCGGCGACCAAGGCAUCCUUCUCGGUUUGGCUGGAGGUACAGAGGAUACAUUCACACAAAUGAAUGUCAUCGACGUCUAUGACAUCGCUACCUCGACCUGGUACAAGCAAGCAACGAGCGGACCUACACCAAAGAUUCGCGUGAACCCAUGUGCUGCAGUAGCAGCCGCCUCGGAUGGCAGCUCGUAUCAGGUUCACAUGUUCGGCGGACAGAACCUCAUACCUGCUGGUAACCAGACACAGUACGACGACCUUUGGAUUCUUACCGUUCCUUCUUUCACCUGGAUUCAGGUCGACCAGAGUUCGCAGUCAGUACCACCUGGUAGAGCCGGACACUCAUGUCAGAUGUGGGAUGGUCAGAUGGUGGUAGUCGGUGGUUAUGUUGGCGAUCAACUUAGCUGCGACAGUCCUGGUAUUUACGUGUUAGAUGCAAGCACCCUGGAAUGGGCGACUGGGUUCAAUGCGUUGAGCGGAGGCUCUGACUCGAAUUCUGCCACAUCUUCUGGCACUUCUGGAAGUUCUUCCGAUGCAGCUGCAGCAUCAGCAUCUGGUGCGUCUGCGACCGGCGGUGGAGCGUCGCCUAAUGGCUCGAGCUCUAAUAAUUGGAUCUCCAAUGCUCGUACCAACCCUUUCAACCAACAGCCAGCCCAACUAGCCAAUGGUAGCAGCCCAGGUGGCCUCGAGGGUUCUUACGGCUAUCAAGUGCCUGAUAUCGUUGUCUCGGUCAUCGGUGGCAACGGUCAGGGCGGAGCCACUAUCACAGCACCAGCCCAGACACCAGUCGACGGACCUUUGAAGACAGGCAGUCCAAUCAUCUACAGCACUGUGACUUCCAGCUCGACUGCUACAGCCACAGGCGCCCCCAGCAGCAACUCCGGGUCAGAACACAAAGGCAGCAGUGGUCCUAACAUCGGUGCUAUUGUCGCUGGUGUGAUUGCAGGUAUCCUCUUUGUGAUUGUCUGCUAUCUCGCAUUCUGCGCCUGGCUCUACCGCAAGCGUCUCCAACUCUACAAACGCCAUGUCGAGAUGGCCCAGCAACAAGCACUCAACGAAAAGAACCACCCGACCAUUGCAGGUCUCAUGCCCGCAGGAGCAGGCUCCUCAAGUGGUGGCUCGAAUGAUCGUCGCCCUUGGACUUCGAGUGAAAAUGCUAGUGGUAAGGGAAGUGGCAACCGCAACAAUGACUGGGGUGAAGGCUUCACCGAAGCAUAUAGAACAGACACUGCUGGUCAAAGUAGUGUGGAAGGAUUCUUGAUGAGAAGGAGUAGCGAUGAUAGCGGUGCGCCUGAGGACUUGCUGGCGGGUAACACCCCAUCUUUCUGGGGCACUGUUCUCGCUCCUCGACGCAGUCUGCGCGUCGUCAAUCGGGAUUGA